CGGGCGGGCAGGCACGGAGCCGCCGUCCCGCACCCGCGCACUUGCCGGAGAUGAACCGCGCCGCGCUGCGGGUCUCGCUCCUGCUCCCGCUCCUGCUCCUGCCCGCCCUGGGCCGUGCCGGCUCCGACCAGCAACACGGAGGCGAAGAGACCCCACAUUCCGCGGGGAAAGGCCACAGCCACUGGAGCUAUGAAGACCUGAAGCACUGGAGUACGGAGUACGCGGAGUGUGGGGGCACCAAGCAGUCACCCAUCAAUGUUGACACAGCUCAGGCCAUCUUCAGCCCUGACCUGCGGCCCAUACAGCUCUCUGGCUACAGCCUGCCUGCCAACGAGCUGCUCAAGCUGAAGAACAAUGGGCACACAGUUGUCCUUGAGCUGCCCAACUCCCUGGCCCUCACGGGUGGCUAUGCCCAGCAGUACCGAGCUGCACAGCUGCACCUGCACUGGGGCUCCCCGUCCGGACCCGGCUCCGAGCACACCGUCAACGGGCGCCGCUUUGCUGCCGAGAUCCAUGUGGUCCACUACAAUACCAAGUAUGACAGCAUUACAGAGGCAAUGGUUCACCCAGAUGGUCUUGCUGUACUGGGAGCCUUUCUAGAGGUUGGGCAUGGGGAGAACCAAUACUACCACGAAAUACUUAAGCAUCUGUAUGAAAUCCAAGAAGUAGGACAAGAAACCUUUGUGCCAGGAUUCAACAUCGCAGGUCUGCUGCCUGCCAACCUGAAAUUCUACUUCCACUAUAAUGGCUCUCUGACCACCCCUCCCUGCUACCAGACAGUCAAGUGGACAAUCUUCAACCAGACCAUGCUGCUCUCUCAUCACCAGAUGUCAAUGCUGGUUUCAACCCUGAGAAGCCCUGAGGACGAGCUUUUGCAGAACAACUACCGUCCUGUGCAGAACCUGCACGGGCGACGGGUGCUGGCGAGUUUCCAGACCACCCCUCCAGUGAAACACAUUCCUGGUAGCGAUGACUCAGCAACAGCAGAAGGACACUCCAGCUCAUUUCAUGCAGGAGAUGUGCUGGCUGUGCUCUUCGGGGUGCUCUUUGCUGUCACAGCACUGGCCUUCCUGCUGUACAUCUAUAAGCACCGCAGCCAGAACACACGGCUGGACUCACCGACCAAAUCCAAGGUCAUCUACACGGCAGCCAGCACUGAGAACACUGCGUAAACUCCACACCUCUGAGGCAGUCCCAGCCCCACUGGCUCAGCCUGUCACCCCACCUCCCCUCACUUCCACCCCAGAUCAAGGGAGACCAGUGCUCCAGCACACCUUGGCUGCACGGGCUGCCCACAUGGACUGUUUGUCUGGGGGGCACCAUUUGGCCUCAAUAGAUAUUUUUGUUAUAAAAAAGGUAAAAACUCUUAAAAAAAAAGUAAAAUCCUCCCAUGAUA